GAAUGUGCCUGUGAGAUGUGUUAGGUUUGGACGAAGCGGAGAUGAGAUCGGAGAACGGAGGGAGGUAGCAAGAUGGCGUACCAGACUUUCCGGCAGGAGUAUAUGCAGAUACCUCCGGUGACCCGAGCCUACACCACCGCCUGUGUGCUCACCACCGCUGUAGUGCAAUUAGAACUCAUAACACCAUUUCAGCUCUAUUUUAACCCAGAUCUGAUAUUCCGACAUUAUCAGGUAUGGCGAUUAGUAACAAACUUCCUGUUUUUUGGACCAGUUGGAUUCAACUUUUUAUUUAAUAUGAUAUUUUUAUACAGAUAUUGCCGGAUGCUUGAAGAAGGCUCUUUCCGAGGUCGCACAGCAGAUUUUGUAUUUAUGUUUCUUUUUGGUGGUCUUUUAAUGGCUAUAUUUGGCUUGUUUGUAAAUUUAGUGUUUCUUGGCCAAGCUUUUACGAUAAUGCUUGUGUAUGUCUGGAGCAGGAGGAAUCCCUAUGUUCGAAUGAACUUUUUUGGGCUUCUGAAUUUCCAAGCUCCAUUCCUGCCCUGGGUUCUUAUGGGCUUUUCACUGCUACUGGGAAAUUCCAUAAUUGUGGAUCUCCUGGGUAUAGCAGUUGGACACAUCUAUUUCUUUUUGGAAGACGUGUUCCCCAAUCAGCCUGGAGGAGGACGAAUUUUGAAGACUCCAUAUAUUUUAUGUUCUGUGAAGCCCCCAGAUGUUGGAGAACCUUUAGUGAAGAAACCGCAUCAUGAAGGCCAAGGAACUCACCAGACAGGAAAGCAAUAUUCGAUACGCAAGAAGAAGACCCAAAUUACAACCCGCUGCCUGAAGAUCGUCCUGGAGGUUUUGCUUGGGGUGAAGGACAACGACUUGGAGGUUAAUUAAUCGAAUGGCAACUAGGAGGCGAACUUUCUUAAUACCUUCUGGAAUUGCUGUUCUUUAAAAGAAAAGAAAAAAACAGGAAGCACUUUAUAAUCCACUGGCUGACCCAAGUGAACUUUUACAUUUCCCCACCAGUGCCUCUCUGAGGUUUUGCUUUCAUUGAAGCUCUUGGAGCCACAAACUGGAACCUAAGUAGGUUCAGCAAGACCAUGCGGACCUGUUCAAUGCUUUUUAACAGCUGCUUUGUAUUUUAUCUUUAAGUCUUUGAUAUAGAACCUGUGUAUAAUGACUUUGAGAUGCACAAGGAAUAUUCUAAUGAUUGAGAACAUAGAAAAAAUGUGACCCUGCGAAUUCCACAUGGGUUGGACUAAAAGAGAGUGGAAUACAACAGCCAUUUCUCUACUUCCAUUUGAAAAAAUGAUAUGCCAAUAUCCUUGUUACUUUCCUUUUUUUUUAUUAUAAAUCUACAUUACCUUGUCAAACAGUGAUGACAUGAAGUAUGGCAUGCUUUGUGAUUUAUAGGUUGUACUAUGAUUGGGUGUGCUGCAAAAUAGUGGCAAAUGGUCAGUUUUAGUAUUGCAUUUAUUUAAGAGGGUAGACUUGAAUCGACAUCCUAAUAACAGACAUACUUGCAGUUUUUGCUGUGUACAAUAAACCCACAUGAACUGCUUUGAAACUUGUCUAAGAUCGCGUGCUAAUACUCUAACAUUUUAUAGAAAUAUACUGUGUUAUGCUCCCCAAUGAAGCUGAAUUUUGUCACA